AUGGACCUGAGUAGGUUUUAUUGCCCGGAGCUCGCACUGCAGGAGGUCCCCAGCAUGGAUGCCGGGGUAUCAGAUUUCAGGUAUGGGGAGUCCUACCUUCAGGACUUGGACAGAAACGGUCUUCAGUUCAGUGCAGGAAAGGGAGCGUUCCCUUCCUCGGACGGUCUGGGGGCCGCGGUAUGUCGGGACAGCGCACCCCUCGCCUCCGAUGCCUCCCCAGAGCAGUCUCUGUAUUACUGGGGUCACUACAACUCAGGACCCAUCUCAGUGGCGAAUCCCGGAGACCUCGGCCCUUCGGACGAGUUCCUCCCAACGUUUCAGACCCUCCUGCCGUCACUGGCAGAAGAUCGUCCUCCGCACCCGGAGAUGUUGGCUGAGCUGGCGCAGCCCGCCGAGUCUCUGUACUACUACCAGCAUGACGCUCCAUCGGACGCCUUCUCCCAGAGCUCGGGAGCCGGCACGGUCGGCGACCAAAGCUUCUCUUGGGCAACGGAUGAAUGGCAGAGCUGGGACGAGGCCACCUGGCUGAGCUGCAACUCUUACUCAAGCUCCAUUCACCAGUCCCCCGACAUGGGCAGAACCCAACCUGACAUGCAGGCGACGGCCGGCAACCACAGCCCGACGAUGAACAGAGUCCCUCAAACAGGUUUCGCUGUUAAUAAUCCUGGCUUCCAACAACCCUCCGGCCUGCCUGGACCCCACAGCGGGGCCGAUAAAGAGAAGUACCACCCAACCUACAACCAGAGAGUCGCCGGUGCGAAGGACAGCAAACCCCCUCCGUCAAGCGGAUCCGGUCCGAUUCAGCUGUGGCAGUUCCUCUUAGAGCUUUUACAAGACUCCACGUGUCAGAAGCUGAUCAGCUGGACCGGGAACGGCUGGGAAUUCAAACUCUCCGACCCCAACGAGGUGGCCAGGCGGUGGGGGAGGAGGAAGAACAAGCCGAGGAUGAACUACGAGAAGCUGAGCCGAGGACUCCGGUAUUACUACCACAAGAACAUCAUCCACAAGACGGGGGGGCAGCGCUACGUCUACCGCUUCGUGUGCGACCUGCAGGACAUGCUCUCCCGGCCGGCGCAAGCGGAGCCCAAGAGCCACAACCAAAGACCCAAAAACCCGUAGAGGACCAAAGACUUCCCUGAUAACGGCAGCAGCAGCAGCACGGGGUCCGGGCCCCCCGGGGACUUCUUGAACUGUGAGCGCCCCCCGGGGCUCAGGGCCGGUUCUAAGGGCAUUUGCUCUACAUGGAGGGGGUGAGACCCCAAAGCCAAGCACUGGGUAACGGACCCUGGAAAAGCACUGAUACGUUGGUAACGAUGCACCUCUUACCCCCUCGCCCAGCGCAUUUUGCCCCCCUUGUUUUCAGGUACAUCCCCUUCCCUCGGCCCUUCGCGUUCUCAUGUAAAUACACAGAUGUCUGUCUUAUAUUUUGUAUUUUCUUAUUAAUAAAACGGAUU